AUCAGACGUAAGACGUUAGGAACGGCGGAUGCAUCAACGCUAGACGUCAAAUGAAUACAAAAUGUAAACAAAGCUUCUUUCCAGUGGAUUGCAAAAUCUUCUACAACUGCUUUACUUACUGGAACACUUUUCUUGAAUGCAGUGCUGCGGGUUAGUAUUGGCGUAGAAAGUGAAACGAAAAUGGAUGCCCAACAGCAAAGCGCCAUAGCGCCGAAGAUGUUUAUCAACAUCAGCAUCCUUUCGAUUGCCCUGAACUCGUCCUUUUUCGGCUACUUGCUCUACAGCAAUCGUCUGUACGAUGUGGGAAAGUGCUGUUCAUCGGCAGUGCUGCUAAUUCUACCAUUAUCGGAGGUAUUGAAACAUUUGUACAUUAAGCACACGUUCCAACUAGAAACCGGGGCCAAACCGUCCAGCCUGCAGCCGUCGUCUGGUAGGGCAUCCGGAGCAGGGAACGUAAAAGCCACACGAGCCCGCUGGCGAGAAUGGGUCGGAUCGAUAGUAUUGUUUGCAUUGGCCACGCUGUUCUACGCGUUCAUCUGCGUGGUGGUAGGCGCUCCAUUGGAUCAGUACGAGGAAACGCUGUCCUUGGCGGUAACGCUGACGACGGUAACCAUAUUUCCGAUCAUCCUUUUCAUUGGCCAAAUGCAAACCUAUCAACUGCUGCUGUCGGAGACGCUAGAGCUAAAGAGCCCGCUAGCCAACAGCUAUCUUAAUUUGCUGAAGAACAAUUGCAUCGGUGUCAUUUUGGGAGCGUGGGGAGCGUCGGUGGUAGCGCCGCUAGAUUGGGACCGUCCGUGGCAGGUGUAUCCCAUCCCGAAUGUGGUCGGCUCGAUAGGAGGACUGUUCGGGAUAAAUGUAUUUAAUCUGCUGAGCACGGUGUACAUUAGCUUGUUUCGUAAUCGGCGGCCCAAAGCACAAUAAGACUGCAGUAUCCAUAGCCAAAGCCGGUCGUGUGUCUAGUCCUGUAAGUUUAAAUAAAACUUUAUAUCGUACUAACUAAUAAGUAUUCGAGGAGUCCAAUCAUUGCACUGGCCGUAGGCCGGAUCGUAGGCCCAGUGUAUGCGACAUAGACUUUCCGGAUAGGGUUUAAUAAAAAAAAAGUCAAGGAAGUCAGAAAUGGCGUACCGCAACAACGUUAGAUUGUAGAAUUUUCAACGAAGAAAAUGUCCGUAUCAGUUGUAAAUAUAUGUAUCAUUUCUAAUAACAAAA